AGUCAGAAAGAGAACGAAGCCGGCUUUGUGAAGGCACUUGGGGGGGAAAAAAGAGCUUUUAUUUUGUAGUUUCGGUUUGGAUUAUUUGUUUUUCACCAUGUUUUUGUGAUGCUGGGACUUCCAUUUUUGCCAAGUUACUAAAAAAAUCCUUUAAAAUAGCACAAUAACUUGAUUUAACUCUCUGAAAGAGUUGGUUUUACUUCUUUCAAGCAGUGGAUAUCGUUUGUUUUGCUAAGAACAGCUUUUUUUACACACUUUCUCCCCUAUUUGCCAUUGGACUUUGUUAGUCUUGGUGGUCAGGCACACCGGUGGUCAUGUAACCAACCGUCCCUUCAGCCCUGGAUUGCUCUCACCUGGUGAACUGAAUCACCUGCUUCCUCUGUCUCUGAGCGAGUCCUUAGAGCAUCGCGGGUUUCAGGACUCGGCUGGACUCGGCUGAGGUUUUCAGCCAUGUUGCGUUGCGUUCUUCAGCGAGCCAACAAUCUGAGACACUCUGACCCCCUGGCUAGUGUCACCUUCAGAGGGUCUAAGAAGAAGACAAAGGUCAUCAAGAACAACCCUAACCCUGUUUGGAACGAGGGAUUUGAAUGGGACCUGAAGGGGAUUCCUCUGGACUCUGGAGCAGAGCUGCACUGUGUCGUCAAGGACCAUGAGAAGAUGGGGAGAAACAGGUUUCUGGGGGAAACCCGGCUGUCUCUCAGAGAUGUGCUCAACUCUCCCAACUUCGCCGCCUCCUUCACCGUCUCCCUGCUGGACACCAAGAGAAACAACACAGGGGCCACGCUCACCCUGCAGGUUUCCUACGUUCCUCCUCCAGGAAUGGCUCCAGUCUUCCAGCCUCCUCACCAGCCAGAGGCUCUGGCCCAUAACAACCCCAAUGUAGAGCUGGACACAGUCACAUUGAUUUCUCAGGACACUUUGGGUGAGGAGGAUACAGAGAGUAUGAUGAUGCUGGAGCCGACAGAGGACCAGGGACCCGAUGACGGACGCUCCAUGGUCAUCAUCGGUCCUCAGGGGCCCUCAGGCCAUGAAUCGCCCACUGCCCAGACACCUAAACGCUCGCCGCCAUCCUACAACACCCACGGAGGGCUGAGGAAGAGGAGGAGAGGAGCCAGCAGUCAGAACAAACCACUGCCAAACAAACCACAGGACAUACAGGUUCGUGUGAGGGUCAUCGAGGGACGACAGUUGCCGGGCAUCAACAUCAAGCCUGUUGUCAAGGUAACGGUCGCCGGGCAGACCAAGAGGACCCGCAUCAGAAAGGGCAACAACCCAGUCUUUGACGAGACAUUCUUCCUGAACUUCUUUGAGACUCCAUCAGACUUGUUUGAUGAACCCAUCUUCAUCACUGUGUGUGACUCUCGCUCACUCAGAACUGAUGCUGUGAUCGGCGAAUUCAAGUUGGAUGUGGGCACCGUUUACAACGAGCACAGACACUGCUUCUUGAGGAAAUGGCUGCUGCUGUGUGACCCCGACGACCUCUCUGCUGGGGUCAAAGGUUACCUGAAGGUCAGCCUGAUGGUUCUGGCAGCUGGAGAUGAGCCACCGGCUGAUAAACGCGAGGGUGUGGAGGACAAAGAAGACAUAGAAGGAAACCUGCUGAGACCGGCCGGUCUGUCUCUGAGAGGAGCCACUUUUACCCUGAGGAUCUUCAGAGCUGAAGACCUGCCACAAAUGGACGACGCCUUCAUGGAUGGGAUGAGGCAGAUUCUUGGGUUUGACAGCAACAGGAAGAACCUGGUGGAUCCUCUGGUGGAGAUCCACUUUGCGGGCAAAACUGUCUGCACAAAGAUUCUGGAGAAAAAUGCAAAUCCACAGUGGAACCAGAGUCUGAGCUUGCCUAUUAGGUUUCCCUCCAUGUGUGAGAAGAUGAGGAUCAGAAUUCUGGACUGGGACAGAGCCAGUCACAACGAUGUCAUCGGCACCACCCACCUCUGCAUGUCUAAGAUCUCGGCACCCGGAGGAGACAUAGAUGAUGACUUGACUCCACGGACCGUCCAUUCUGGCAUUGAUGACAGUCUCGGCUUCCUGCCCACGUUCGGUCCAUGUUUCGUCAACCUGUACGGCAGCCCCAGAGAGUUCACCGCCUUCAACGACCCACACGAAGCUCUAAACCUCGGAAAAGGCGAGGGCGUGGCGUACCGAGGUCGAGUUUUACUGGAAGUAACCACAAAGCUGGUGGACAAACCGGAGCAGAAAACUGAAGACAUACCAUCAGAUGACCUGCUGGUGGUGGAGAAGUUCCUCAGGAAGAGGAAGUUCUCUCUCUUCGUCUCGUUCUACUCGGCCACGCUCCUCCAGGACGUCGACGACGCCAUCCAGUUCGAGGUCAGCAUCGGUAACUACGGCAACAAGUUCGACUACACCUGCCUCCCUCUUGCCUCCGCCACCCAGUUCAGCAGGGCCGUGUUUGACGGUUGCCACUAUUAUUACCUCCCGUGGGGAAACGUUAAGCCAGUGGUGGUUCUGUCUUCAGAGUGGGAGGACAUUAGGCCGAGGAUCGAGGCUCUCAACAUGCUGCUGGCUAUCAUAGAGAGACUGGAGGCCAACCUGCAGCGGGUGCAGCUGGAGGUGCAGGCAGGCGGUGAUCUGGAGGAGGUGGAGCUCCGAGUGGUGGAACUGUUGGAUCAGGUCAUCACAGACUGCAGUGAAGAGCUGCCCUCCAUCGACCAGUGGCAGUGUGCGACCCCUCUGGAUCGCUCGCUGAGGCACGUUCGCAUCCUCCACCUGCAGCAGAUCGUUGCGGCGGCACUCGCUCUCAAGCACGGAACUUCCACCGAGCUGUCCACAGUGCUGGAGCAGGCAGAGGACUGGGCCAGCAGGCUGAGGACAAUGGCCGAGGAGCCUCAGAACAGCCUUCCAGACAUCGUGAUAUGGAUGAUGCAGGGCGACCGCAGGGUGGCGUACCACCGCAUCCCGGCACACACUGUGAUCUUCUCCCAGCAGCACUGCGGGAAACACUGUGGACAGCUGCAGACUGUCUUCCUCAAGCACCCGCAGGGCAGCAGCAAGGAGCCCAAACUUCCCGGUCAGCUGAGGGUGAAAGUCUGGUUUGGAUUGGCUGCUGACGUCAAACACUUCAACCAAUACGCGGAAGGAAAACUGUCGGUCUUUGCUGAGGCGUAUGAGAACCAGACCCGACUCGCCCUGGUGGGCAGCUGGGGAACUACGGGUUUAACCUCCCCCAAGUUCAGCGACGUCACUGGAAGAGUUAAACUCCCCAAAGAGAGCUUCAAACCCUCACCGAGCUGGACCUGGGCCGGAGAAUGGUACAUCAGCCCCGAGAAGACACUGCUGUAUGACGUGGACGCCGGUCACAUGACCUUCACAGAGGAAGUGUUUGAAAACCAGAUGAGGUUACCUGGCGGACAGUGGAUUGGUAUGCCGGAGGGGUACACUGAUGUGAAUGGGGAGAAGGCGGUGCCAAAAGACGAGGUGGAGUGUCCUCCAGGUUGGGUGUGGGAGGAGGUGGAGUGGAGCGAAGAUCUCAACAGGGCUGUGGAUGAUCAAGGCUGGGAGUACGGCAUCCCCAUCCCUCCAGAUCGUCGUCCCAAGUCGUGGGUGCCGGCAGAAAAGAUGUACCACACCAACCGAAGGAGACGGUGGAUACGAAUGAGGCGACGGGACCAGCAGAAGAUGGAAGCUCUCAGACGGCAGCGUCCGGACGAGGCGGAGAAGGAGGGCUGGGAGUACGCUUCGCUGUUCGGCUGGAGGUUCCACUUGAAGCCGAGGAAGACGGACAGCUUCAGGAGGCGCAGGUGGAGGCGCCGCAUGGAGCCGCUGGAGAAGACGGGACCGGCGGCUAUCUUUGCUCUGGAGUGCUCCCUGAGCAGUAUAGAGGACAAGAACGAGGACAAGUCGGUCACGACCACGUUCGGAGUCAACAGACCAACCAUUUCCUGUUUCUUUGACAGCGGCACCCGCUACCACCUGCGCUGCUACCUAUACCAAGCCAGAGACCUGCUGGCCAUGGACAAAGACAGUUUCUCAGACUCGUACGCCAUCGUGUCGUUCCUCCAUCAAUCCCAGAAAACAGUGACAGUGCGAAACACUCUCAAUCCCACCUGGGACCAGACGCUCAUCUUCUACGAGGUCGAGAUUUUCGGCGACCCCGAGGUCACGAUGACCACUCCGCCCAACGUCUUGGUGGAGCUUUACGACUCGGACACAUACGGUGCUGAUGAGUUCAUGGGCCGCUGUGUGUGCCAGCCCUCCCUGACUGCCUCCCCGCGUCUGGCCUGGUUCCCGAUUCGCUUUGGGGACAAGAACGCCGGCGAGCUGCUGGCCGCCUUCGAGCUCUUACGCAGAGAAAAGCCAGCAAUUCACCAUAUUCCAGGUCAAGAGGGGGACGUCAUGACCUCCACUCACGUUCUGGACGAGUUGAUGUUUCCAGGAUUCCUCUCGGAAAACCUGCAGGAAUGGCCGGAGGAGUCGGACCUCCCGUACCCGCCACCCCAGAGAGAGCCCAACGUCUUCGUGGUUCCUCAGGGGAUCAAACCUGUUCUGCAGAGAACCGCCAUCGAGAUUUUAGCGUGGGGAGUUCGUAACCUGAAGAGUUUCCAGAUGGCCAGCGUUACCUCCCCGAGCCUGCAGGUGGAGUGUGGAGGCACCGUGGUCCAGAGCUGCGUCAUCCGCAGCGUGAAGAAGAAGCCCAACUUCGACAUCAACAAGCUCAUCCUUGAUGUGCAACUUCCCCGCGAGGAGCUCUACAUGCCGCCGAUCAUCAUCAAAGUCAUCGACAACCGUCAGUUCGGGAGGAAGCCGGUGGUCGGUCAGUGCACCAUCCGGUCGCUGGAGGACUACCGGUGCGUCCCGGAGGAGGAGCGAGCGGCGGCGGCAGAGGAGGACGAGGAAUGGCGACGUGAGACGCCCCAGUUGAUCUGUGGGGAGGUUUUUAUUGACAUCGACGACGAGGAGCCGCUCAUGCCCGACCAGCUUGCAGAUGGAACCAGUUCAGCUAUCAUUAACCUUUCAACCUCUAGUUCCAGCCUUCAUGAAGAAGAGUUCAUGGACUGGUGGAGUAAAUUCUACGCCUCGACUGGAGAGAAAAACAAAUAUGGGACGUACCUGGAGAGAGGCCUCGACACGCUGAAGGUGUAUGACCGGGAGCUAGAGAAGGUCGAGGGUUACGAAGGUGUCUCAGAUUUCUGCAAGACUUUCAAGCUGUACAGAGGAAAAACUCAGGAUGAAGGAGAAGAUCCUUCAGUUGUGGGAGAGUUCAAGGGUAUGUUUAAGAUCUACCCGCUGCCGGACGACCCUUCCACUCCCACUCCCCCCAGACAGUUCAGAAAGCUUCCUCCCAACGGCAUCGAGGACUGUUUGGUCCGAAUCUACAUCAUCCAGGCUCACAGUCUGCAGCCCAAAGACGCCAACGGGAAGUGUGACCCCUACGUGAAGAUCACUUUGGGGAAAAAGACCAUAAAUGACCAUGAAAACUACAUCCCCUGCACUCUGGACCCUGUCUUCGGAAAGAUGUUCGAGCUCACCUGUUCUCUCCCUCUAGAGAAGGACCUUCGGGUGAUGCUGUACGACCACGACAUGCUGACCAGAGACGAGAAGAUCGGAGAGACAGUGAUCGACCUGGAGAAUCGCUUCCUGUCCAAGUAUGGGGCCAUGUGUGGCCUGCCGCAGUCCUACUGCGUAUCGGGGGUAAACCAGUGGCGAGACCAGCUGACACCCAGGCAGCUGCUGUACAGAGUGUGUGAGCGACGAAACCUCCCAAAGCCAAUCUACCAAGAAGACGUGGUCCACUUCAGAGGAAACCAGUACUCCACUGUGGACCUUGAGGACAAAAAUGUGUCCAAACGUCACCUCGGCCCAAUUAAGGAGCGACUGUCCCUCCACAUCUUGAGGAAACUGGGACUUGUACCCGAACACGUGGAGACCAGACCUCUAUACAGCCCGCUGCAACCUGACAUAGAGCAGGGUCGUCUGAUGAUGUGGGUGGACCUGUUCCCCAAGUCCCUGGGACCACCCGGACCCCCGUUCAACGUCACGCCUCGCAAGGCUAAGAAGUUCUUCCUGCGUUGUAUCAUCUGGAACACCAGCGACGUCCUCCUGGAUGACGUCAGCAUCAGUGGGGAGAAAAUGAGCGACAUCUACAUCAAAGGCUGGCUCGACGGACACGAACACAACAAGCUGAAGACCGACGUCCACUACCGCUCCCUGGGCGGCGAGGGAAACUUCAACUACAGAUUCCUGUUUCCUUUCCACUACUUACCCGCAGAGCAGCUGUGUGUGGUCGACAGGAAGGAACACUUCUGGAGUAUGGACAAAGCUGAGACUAAACUGGCCCCCAGACUGACCAUCCAGGUCUGGGACAAUGACAAGUUCUCCUUCGACGACUACCUUGGUCACCUGGUGAUGGACCUGAACCACAUGCUGCGUCCGGCCAAGUCUCCUGAGAAAUGUAACCUGCAGCUUCUGGACCAGCCGACGGACAGACUGGUGUCUCUGUUUGAACAGAAGACCGUCAAAGGAUGGUGGCCCUGCACCUGCGAGAAAAACGGAGAGAAGAUCAUCGCUGGGAAGGUGGAGAUGUCUCUGGAGAUCGUGACGGAGCAGGAGCACGAGGAGAGACCGGCAGGCAACGGCAGAGACGAACCAAACAUGAACCCUCACCUGGAGGAGCCCCAUCGUCCAGAGACCUCCUUCCUGUGGUUCUCCUCCCCCUAUAAGACCCUCAAGUACAUCCUGUGGAGGCGGUUCAAGUGGUUCAUCAUCCUCUUCAUCAUCCUCUUCUUCAUCCUCCUCUUCCUAGGCGUCUUCCUCUACUCCUUCCCGAACUACGCUGCCAUGAAGAUGGUGGGACCGUUUGGACCGGCCAAGGCAGCAGAGUGACGAUGGAAGAAGGAGAAACAAGCUGACACAAUGAAGAACAACUUCCUACAAGUGAAAUAAGGCUGAAUUUUUUUUUUCUUCUUCUUUUUCUUGAGUCUUUAAAACUUGCUGAAGUUGUUCAGAGGGAAUGAAAACUGCAGCGAUGAACUUGUGAACUGUGUUCCAGAUAAGUUUACCCUCUUUUGUACAGACAGACCUGAUUAGCAAUAGUGCCCAGGGUUCUCAAACGCCUCUGAAAUGACGUAUGUGUGUGUGUGAGUGUGUCCAUUGGUGCCUUUACUGUUAAAUUCAUGCGUCACUCUCCAUUCAUCAGAAAAAAAAAUGCUGCUUUACUCUACCGGAUGCAUUUCCAAACUUAUCAUCAGAUCUUAGCAUGGGUCUCCCGACGUCCCUCCGUCAAGUCCUUCAUCCCUCAUUACGUCUCGUCUGCCCUCACGCAGAGAAGAAGGAGCUUAAAAGCCCGUCGGGAAACGCCGCCACGUUCUAAAAAAGCUGAAACAGAAUCAGAGAUUGUGACUUCUGAUCUUUUCACCGCCUGCUGUGUCUGUUUCUUCGACGCGGCAAAGUCAGGUCAGGCAACGGUGACUGGGCGGCUUCAAACUGUCAAACUUUAUCGCUCUGAAAAUGCAGUCUUUAUGAAGAAGAACCUCAAAGCGAGAAGAGGGAUCUUAUUCCCUCUGAAUCAUCUCGCGUGCUGCCUUCAAGUGCAGUCAGAAAUCUCGGCUUUUGUGUUUUCGGCUGUGAUUUAUUGUGUGUGUGUAAUCAAUCAAUAGGUCACGUAUGUUAUCUCUCAGCAGUUAAAAAUAGUGUUUAAAAAAUCAAAGCUGUGAUUGAUUUGCCUUCCUCUCCUCUUCUUCCUUUUUUCCUCCCCAUUGCUCCUUCUUCUCUUUUGUUUCCCGUAUUCUUCCUCCUCUUCUUUGCAUCUUCCUACUUUAAUUCAUUAUGUCCUUCCUCCUCUUCUUCCCAUUCUCCCUUUAUCCUUCCUUCUCUUCUUCCCACUCUCCCUUUAUCCUUCCUCCUCUUCUUCAUCCUCUAUCUCCUCCUUUCUUCCUUCUGCUCUUUGUGUCCUCCAUCUCCCAUUUUUUCCCAGUUUCUUCCUUUUAUCCUCAAAUUCCUUUUCCCUGUCUCAAAUCGUUUUCUUGUACUCUGUCAAAUCCUCUUCUUCCUCCUCUUCUUCCCAUCCUCCCCAUUUGUCCUUCUUCCUCUUCCGCCUUCUUCUCAGUCUUUUUCCCCCUUUACCUACUCUCCUUCCCUUUGCUCUUUGCGUCAUCCCCCCCCCUCCAGUCUUUCAGCACUCUCAGGGUUCAGUGGGUUAAGUCAGGGAUUUGUUCUUGUUGAUCUUCGGGUUUGAGCUUUAUUAGUGCAAAGGAUGUUUUUAGAUAGAUGGAUGUUGGCAGAUAAGGAGGACACACACACACACACACACACACACACACACACACACACACACCCAUAACUUCAGAGGACAUCACAUUAACUUACAUAAAUUUCCUGGAGACUUACCCUAACCUUAAACCAAGUCUUCACCCUAAAAGACUUACUUGUGGGACUUGUGUUAUGUCCCCAAAAGGAUGGCAGGUCCCCACAAUGUGAGUGCGUAAACAGAUUUAUGUCCCCACAACAUGAGACUUCCACAUCCAAACACACAUGCGUACAGACCUGAAGAAAUUUAACAAAGAACUUGAGUCGUGUACAUAACCUGCAUUCUCAUUUUCUCUGUGUGCACACAUUUACAGUAUUUUAUGUAUGUGUGCGUCUGCAGACAUUUGUGAGUGUGUGUUAAGGUCAGGCAAGGGUUGGGAUCCUGAUCCACACACACACACACGCACGCACACACGCACACACACACAACGUCAGGACAGGAAAGAUUAGACGAGAGGGCCUAAUCCACCCAGAUUCUAUGGGAUUUCCUGAAGUACAGUACAUGUUUAUACAUAUAAAUGUGUGUGUGUGUGUGUGUGUGUGUGUGUGUGUGUCUGACUUAGAAAGCAAAAAGAAACUAAAGGGAAACAAGGGUGGACAACACAGAUGAACCAAGUCGUAAUUAAAAAGACAAAAAGAGAGAGAUUUAACUCCACUUUCUUGUUCUUUUAUUUAUUUUUUGCACCUUCUUUCCUCUCAGUGGUUCCUUCUAAAGUCUAACGAUUUUAGUUUUUUUUGUUAGGUUCGAUCACGUGUUCGGUUAGUUUGCUUUGGUCCGCACCAGAGUGGAAAAGUUGACGUUGUCCCUUUUGGUUCGUUUUAAGUUCACACCAGCCAAUUACGAGCCAACCUGGUCUUGUAAACAAGAGUCACAUGGACUCACAAGGAGCUUAUUUAUUGGACAGAGGUUUGGCAACCUGUCGUCCUGCCAGGUCAGAGAGGGUUUAACUCCCACACCGCUAACCUCGCCAUAUAUCACAGCAAUUUACCUCCUUUGGAGUUUGAAAGUCAGUUAACAACAUAUUAAAAAAAAUCAGAAUUGGAGCAUCAGUCAAGAUUUUUAGUCCAGGAUCCAGUUAGUUCUGCUCCACUUUCCAAACUUGCCCGCUAUCAGAUGUCAACAUUUGUCUCCUUGUGCUCGUAAAAUCUUUUAUUUUGAGUUGUUUCCCGCAGAGUUUAGAUUACAUUUUCGCUCCUAUGAAACCACUGUGAAUUUUGCUUGGACGGUUCACAAAAACUGAAUGAAAAGACAUGUAUUUAUUUGCAGAACACACAAAAAAAACGUCCCAAGUAGAUACAUUCUAACUCAGAUGAAUUGGAUCAAGUGCUUCUUGGUUAUUUUCAAGGAUUAAGAGUAUCGCUAAACUGGUCUAAGUUGACUUAACGCACUAUUUGGCUUCUCUAUUUGAGUGUAAGCAAUUCUUACUAGUGGUCCAGUGGCCAAAUUACAGAAACUUCCUAUUUUAAGUUAAAUUCAAUUCAAUUUAAGUCCUUACUCUAAUUACCAUGGUUAACAGAUAAGAGGCACACUGUGAACCUUGCCACCACUGCUCACUGGAUCCGGUUGUGCUGCGGCUGCUGGAGAUCUUCUACCAUUCCAGUUGGUGUGGCAAUGUACCGGCUCUUGUCGACAUUCUGCUAUCUUCAUGUGCUGGGUCUGUUUUCUUUUCUCCAGAGCAGCAUGUGUCUCUGGAGCAUGAAAUUCAUAUUCAAAAUAACAGAUCACAUACAGUUAGAAAGGUUGUCAAGUUGAAGUGCAGCCACAAGGCAUCUGUUACCACAUCUAGAGCUGCAAAUGUGUAUUUAUGCUUGUAAAACAAGAAAGAAGCGCUGAAGUGCUGACGAAAAGAGACUCAACUGGAACGUGCCACAGCCGAAUCCAUUGGACAUUGGCCGUUAAAUACACCAAAGCUGGUUGUCUGUGAGACACUAAAAUUCACUGUAAGUUCUUGUGGGAAGUGUUUCAUAGCUGCCUUUAGGACUCAUCCAAGUCCUGCUUUCAUUCUAAUAUCAGUUAAAAAAAAAAGUAGGCCUAUUUGUUAUUUUAUGUAUUCAGCUGGCAUCUUGUGCUUCAGGUUACCUUUCUGUGUGGUUCUUCUAGCUGUUUACGUUAAAAGAAAUUACCUUUAAGUUUUGAAGAAUGAAUGUUACCACCUGCUUUUGUCUAAUACCUGCUGAAAAGGUGUCUUCAUACACAAGGCGAAGAAAACUUCCCAGGUUUCUUAGAUGAAACAAAUUGAUGCUAAUAGGUGACAGUUUGACUUGGAGAUGAAUCAGUGAAACAUUUAACGAUAAAUACCAAAUAGGCUAGUCAUAUAGACCAUGCUUGUUGUCUUCAGGCUAAAUAUGUAAAUACGAUCAAAUUUCUGCAAAAAAAAAAAAUUCCCAGUGCUUUGAGUCUGAAUGCUUCUGAUGCCUGUUAAGACUGUUUUGUGUUAGUAUAUCAAAAUAGUUUUAUAUAUUUGAAAGAGCUUUAAACAUCCUGCUGAUGUAAAUCUACAGGCCUCAAAAUGGAAAAAGCUUUAUUUAGACAAUCCUGUUGUCAGUUGCUGUUUUCAGUGAUUGUUUUAGUUAUUUUCCAAAAAUGCCUUAGUACUGCAAAUUUGUCUGUAAAACACUGACUCUGACUCUGUUUUUGCCCGAUGUUAUUGCUGUAAGUAAAUGUGACGUGCCUUUAGCUUUGCCGCCUGGACAUACAGUAACACUUGCUGCUGCUGAAAUGUUGACUAGUGCCUCAGCAUGAAACUAUACAGAGAUCAGUUGGGUAUUUUAUAUUCCAGUUGCCUUUAUAAAGCUUAAAGCACUGUUGCUGUGGAAGUAAAGGCAAAUAUUACUUUAAUGUUUAAAUGUUUUAAAUGGUAACUGAAUUAAAUGGGAAAAAUCUACUGCUGCACCGAUCUCUGAUAGGUUGAAACUUUUAGCCAACUUUCACUUCUGGCCACACCCCAAUCAGUGAUGUCACAACACAUUUUCCAUCAGCUGCAGAGGGCAAAGUACCUGCUGUGACAUCACUGAUAGGGGUGUGGCCAGAAGUGAAACUCAGAGUUCCGUUCAGAAUAUGUUUCUUUCCAUUAUCUUGUGUUAAAAGUGAAAUACUCUGCACUACGCUUCAGCUUUAAACACAAGCAUCCUUCUGCUGUUGACUGUAAUAAACUCCCGAUGCCAUGAAACUGCACUAAACAAAACAUGUAGGGACACAUGUCUUGGUGAAACUGGUUUUAAAUCCAGUAAAUGGUGGUUGAUCAUGACUGCCAGUAUUGGUGAUAUUUUCUGGGAGGCACAGACUGAAUGUAUUCUAAACACAAUGUGUAUUUGACUUCUUAUCUACAAAGAGCAAUACUGUGUGCACUGCAUUAUGUGUAUUAUCAAUAAAACUGCAUUUCUGAUUAGCAAA